AUGGCAAUGAUUUCAGACAGCUUGAUAGUCAGCAAUAUAAAAAAAAAGAAAGCCUUGUUGAUAAGUCCCAAAUACUGCAUCAAGAUGGUGAACGUCACGCUAAUGUCGUUUAAAAUCGGCCUGCACAUAGGAUCUUCAAAACCGAAAAACUGCUCAUUUCCGAUUGAUGUUCUCAUUGAAAACUGCACUUUUGUUGAUAAUAUUUACGACACGAUACUCACUUUUUAUGAUCCGACAUCAGUCAAAUUAUUCAUCAGGAACACUCGCUUUAUCAGUAGUAACCAUACAGUAGAAGUGUUCCAAAAGAAGAAGAACUACGCAAUUUCCCUUAAGAUUCCACUACUUGAAAACAUUACGUCCACAAAGGCAGUCAUAGAACUUGAAAAUAAUGUAUUCCACUAUAGACCACCCAGUUAUUUCUCUCUUCUGUUCGAAGGGGAGAAAAAUGUGACAAUAAGGCGCUCACACUUUCGUAAUUGCAUCAGUGCCUACGGACGUCAAUGGAUCAACAAAAAAUCAGGAUAUUUUUACCAGAAAAUAACUGGCGCAAUUGCUGUCUUGUUUAGCCCAGAUAAACCGCAGCGUUUGGGCUGCAUGAAUUCACAUAUGAGUCAGGAAGUACAUCCUUCAUGGACCAAUAACAGUCGCAUAUUGUUUGAGGAUACCAAUUUUGAAGACAACUUUGGAGUGGCAGUUGGAGCUGUCUACAUCAGUAAUGGUUUCGCAACAUUCCGAAGAUGUAUCUUCCGCAACAAUUUUGGCAUUCAACGGGCUGGACACGUGUACUGUGCGUAUGGAACUGGUAGAAUAUAUUUAGUUGAUUGCUCAUUUUUUCGAACAAAGAAAAACGUGACUCUUGGCAACAUGGCUGCAUCAAAGACAGGCACGUUCAUUUAUUCUGAAAGCGCAGGUUCGUUAAAGCUUGUAAACACAUCUAUGAUGUCCACGGUCACGAAUAGGAGCACCUAUCCGAUUUUGGACAUCGCUAGUGGGGGGUUUGUCGAUAUAGACCAAAACUCUGAGAUAAAAUGCAGUGAAGGACAAAAGCUUCUAUUGGAGAACAAUACACAUCUUCAAUACACGGAAAAAAACAAGAGUGCUUGUAUAUUGAACGUUACUUCUCUGAGAUAUUAUUGCAGAUCCUGCGCUCCUGGUUAUUACGGCCUAAAAAGGGGAGCGUCUCGAGGACUAGUUGUGGCAUAUCUUAUUCACUGCCUGCGAUGUCCAUUUAGAGCCACCCGCAUUGAAAACAACAUUGCAGCAAAGCCAAAUUUUUGGGGCUAUCCAACAUCCACACAUCCACGGUCGCUAGAGUUUUUAGCCAGUCCGGAAGAUUACUGUCCUUCAAUUGCAACAACAUAUUACAACAGUUGCCAGGGGACCCUCUGGGGACAAUGUGCAAAAGGUUUCACUGAAACCCUUUUCUCGACUGAAUGCCGCAAUUCAACAGAAUGCGGCAACUACUUUGUGUGGAUUGUGACAAUGGUGCUAACAAUCUUACUGGCGCUCUAUCUAUUGAUAAAGCCUCCGCUACUUAUCAUCCUUAGAAACCAAAUAUUUUGGUUUAUCAACUCAAAACAGAAUCAGGAAGAAGACAACUUAAACAACACCAUCGACGAUGGUGAACAUCCCGACAGUGGCUAUCUAAAAAUAACAUUUUAUUUCUAUCAAGCGGCUGAGACUGUAAUGGUUGGUGCGAUGGAUAAACUUAUUGGAAAGAUACCUUUCAUUCACUUUGUAAUUUCUGCCCAUAACUUCCAUGUUCAAUCGGUCAAUGAAAUCCUUGGCUGUCCAUUUGCGGGACUCACCGCAGUAACCAAAGAGCUUCUCCUCUCUGGUACACUGUUUUUGACGAUGGCCCUUUCUUCAUUUAUGGCGUGGAUCAUGUUGUUAAUGUCGUUAUGGGCAAGGAAAAGUCGUCCCUUAUCCAUUAUAUGGCCGUUGUCAUGGAAGUGUUGUUGCUUGGAUACGAAAGCCUUGUAG